GUGUCGCUUCAAUCGAAAACGAAUAACUCAACAUGGCGGGAGGCAAGCCACAAGCCAUUGACAUUACCACAUUAGGACUACCACAAUUAACCCAAUUGAAACAACAAUUAGAUCAGGAAAUUGAUUUAUUUGGAACUUCACUUCAGCAGUUAAAAAUAGCACAGACUAAAUAUCAAGAAUCUGGUGAAUGUGUUGAAAAAUUAAUACCUGAAACUGAAGGAAAGGAAAUGUUGGUACCAUUAACAACAUCUAUGUAUGUUCCUGGUAAUAUUGUUGAUGUUAAUAAAGUAAUUGUUGAUAUUGGAACUGGAUAUUUUGUUGAAAAAGAUAUUCCCUCUGCAAAAGAUUAUUUCAAGAGAAAAAUUAAUUUUGUAACUCAGCAAAUGGAAAAGAUUCAGCGGUUAGCUAAUGAAAAAAUUACAAUGCGAGAUGCCGUCAUAGAAAUAAUGGAAGGAAAACUUCAAGCAACUCUCGCAGCUCAACAGAUGGCAGCUCCAAAGUCUUGAAAACUUCAUUUUUUCAAAUUGUUGAUUGUUCAUUUUUUUUUGUUUGUUUUCAUUUCAAAACAAAUUUAUUUUUAUGCAAUAGACAUUAACUUUGAAUUUUUCUAAAACAUGCCAUCUUGUUCAAAAUAUAUAAAUAAAAUAUUUCAAAAGAAAUAAUAAAUGCUUAUUAUAAAAAACAGAAAUAUAUUUAAGUUUGAUCUGGUACAUAACAAAUUUUCAUAACAGCAAAAUAUGUUAUAAAUGAAAUGAGAAAUCUUGUUUGUGAUAACAGAAUCAAUGUAUAGUUCUUUGUGUGAAUUUUUGAUAAAUUUGUACAGUUUAACACUAGAGAUAAAUUCUAUUAGUUUUUAAGAAUUAAUUAAACUUGCAUGUAUGUUAGAAAUGCUUUGUCUGCUUUAUAGGAAAAUCUGUGAAUGGAAAUGUCUAAAAUUAUAAUUUAUUGUGGAAAAAAUUUUUGACAAAAAAAAAAUCAUCGUUUUCUACAUAUCUAUUAUAAAUUCUCUCUUGCUUUACAUAAACUUUUUUUAUAUUUAUAACUUUUUAGUAGUUAAUAUAAUAAUAAUAAUCUCUAUACAUUGUUACAUGUGUCCUGACAUUAUUUAUAAUUGAAAUAUUUUAUUUUUUACUUGUGUUCAUAAUUAACAAAAAACAGGUUUUUUUGGUAACAUAAUUAAUGUUUCUUGCUUGUUAUUGAUAUUUACAUUCUUGAGUAAUUAUUAAAUACAAUGCUAAGUUUACAGAAUAUGUUUUUAUAUGUUACAUUUGGCAAAUGGCUAAAAAGUAUACUUAUUACCUGAAAAAAGUGAAUAAAAGACUGAUAAAUUUAUGCCUAAUAUUAGUGGAUCUGAAUUUUUAAUUCAUUAAGAUUUACUAUCUGAUCACUUACCUAUG